ACAGCGCACUGGAGCUAUUUGUUAGAUGAUGUCUGACUCUGUGGGGAUGAAUCAUGUCAAUGAACCACAAGUAGACGGCUAGUAAAAUUCUCUAGUUACAUCAUAACACUUUGGCGGAUUAAAGUGGCUGUCCUGCCUGGUUUGUUGACAUAGUCCAGCACAGUGGAGCGCAAACCCCGCCCCCCAUCCGAUUUCAUUGGUCAACUCAAGCAAGCAGUCACCUGAGAAGGUGGUUUAUUUAUUAUUAUUAUUAUUAUUAUUUUAUUAUUAUUUUUUUUUUUGCGUUGUACGUGCUUUGCGGCACCAAAGAGUUAUUAUUAAGCAAUUAUUUUAUAACUUUUAAUAUACACCUCGGGAAAAAAAUACCGAGGUCCGCAGCGCGGUGACCUCAAUGAUUGAUACGGCCAUGUUUGCACUUAUGUAGCCUAUAUAAUACGUUGUUGGUAAAAUUAUUAAAUUACAAAUAAAAUAUCAAUUUUCAGGUUCUCAGAUAUUCAGGUAAUUAGUAAGCCCAGAUAAUAAUUUUUCUAAAUACAGUUUAAAGUCAGUGUAGAAGGACUGCGCAGCUUUCUGGCGUUUACUGACAUGGUCGGUCACGUGACCAGAAACCGUGCCCUGAUUCGCCAUUUUGGCUCAGUGCGGAAAUAGCUGCAGGAAGUUUCUCCCUCGUGAAUGUCACCUGUUUCUUCUGUUGUGUCUGUGCUACAGGAACAUGAGCGCGUCGUUAGCUGUGCAGAGGUUAGCUGCUGUGAGCGGGGCUCUGGCGGUCACCGCCGGCGCUUAUGGGGCUCAUGGGUUCAGACGAAGUAACAGGGAUGAGUACCAGAGAGAGCUCUACAGCACGGCCAAUACCUAUCAUUUCUAUCACAGUUUGGCUCUUUUAGGAGCAUCUCGAUGCAGGAAACCUGCUCUGGCUGGAGCAAUUCUCCUGUCUGGCAUGGGCUGCUUCUGUGGUCCUCUCUACCACCAGGCUUUAACGGGUGAUCCCUCCUUCAGCAAGCUGGCACCCAUCGGGGGUGUGCUUUUCAUUGUUGGCUGGCUUGCCAUGGCUGUCUGAACUUUGACCAUCCAUUUCUUUUCUACACAGCCCCAUGAUUGUUGACAAUUACUUUCUGAAAGGGAGUGUUAAAUUUGAGUGAUAAGAGCAGGAGAUAUAGGGUGGAGGGUGGAGUUGUUCAGUCACGUCUGGAAGAUGAUAAAGCUUUAGGAUCAGUCGUUAUUUUUACAGAAAAAAAUCCCUGUAUACAGAAAAAACCCUUGAGUUGUGACAAUAUGAUGAGUAGUUGGCUACAUUCACAUUAUAUAGUAGCACAAAUCUGGUUUUUUUUGUGUCUGUGACAGGGUUUUUUGUUUUGCUUUGUUUUUUUUAAUCCGAGCUGCAAAUCUAAUCUUCUCAAUCCAAUUUGAGCUACUUUCAUUUGUAGUCCUAGAGCUGUUACAUAUCCAGGACAUGGCCACACAACCGGAAUUCAUGUUUAUGAAUUAUAUCAUAUUGCUGUCCAAUAUUGGCAGCAUGCCAGCAAGGCCUUAUUUUAAAAAUGGUUGACUGCCAGUAAUAAUUGCAAAAAAAAAAAAUUUCUCUAGCCUUUUUGCCAACAUGCACUAAUCGUGAGCAGCCAAUGAGAUGCCAGUCGACCAGCAAAGCACAUAAUCUUCAAGACGAAGACGUGUGCUGCUUGCUUGUUCAUUUCCCUAUGGUGGAUUGGUGGUUUUGUUGUUGUUCAUAAUGUACAUUUGGCUCAUUCAUGUGAUCUUGAUUUCAGAAAUGUUCCAUUUACAUAUUUAAAUCACCAAGGCAGAUUGAAUCCAUGCAACAAAAAAAAUCAUAUUUGAUUGAUAAGCUUGUAAUGUGUGCAUAGUCCAAGUGUGUGUGUUUUGAAAUUGUGAUUUAGCACCUUUGUUUCUCAGGUUGGAAAAUAAAUCUGUCUGAGAAAGUGA